UUAAAAGUGAAUGUUGAACAUUGAUUGGCCCGCAGUGCUGUGAAGUGGGCGUAUCUUAGGUGUGGCUCCUUACUGAAGCGCUGGAGCUUCAUCAGUUUCUCCGCCGCCGCGCAAGAGUUUGGAGAAGUUGAAGGACAGUCUGUCAGGUUUAGCCGAAGGUUCGUGCGCGCAGAGCCACCGAGAGCAGCGAUGUCUGCCGAACCUAUUCGCUCGGUUUUAGGCUCCGUUUCGACGGAUGACACCUCGCUGGUCCUGCCGUCCGACAAGACUCAACGGAGGGGUCAGGAGCGCGUGCAGGAGCAGGUCAAGAGCAUUCGAAGGAAGACGAAGAUUGUCAAGAAUGACUCCAUCCCGUCGCCGACAACUCCAGCAUCAGCGACAGAAUACAGUGAGCCUAAAUUCCAGUUCUCACCGGCAAAAGUGAACAACACACUCUUCAGAUUUAGUGGUUCCAACAUGACUACAACCCAGAACAGAAUGACUGGUCGCAGCGUGUCAGUGCGCCACACUGUGAAAAGGCAGACCCAAAACAGCCAGUGGGACUCUCGGAUGUCUUGGAAUGCUCAGUCUAAGCCCAAUGGGAUGAAGCUCAGUGGCAGCGACCCUUCCUUAAAUAAGAUAGCUACCCAGAAUUCUGUGGAAAGAGUCGCUACCAUACGACAGAAUCGUUCUGUACAAUCUAUGAAAGUGAAGAAUUCUCCUCCGGUUGCUGCCAACCAAGCACAGACAAUCACAAAAGUCAUCAAGACCAAAUCAGAAGCGCCGGGUGUGAAUGGAGCCAUGGGAGUGAUGCCCAACAUCACUCUGCAGGAAGCAGUGGAUUAUCUGACACACGAAGACAUCAGUCAUCAGCUGUGUGGAGCUUCAUUCAUACAGCACAACACCUUCACAGAGGACACGGCCAAACAAGAGGUCUGUUGUGGAAUUUGUCUUCGGCGGAUACACUAAAACCAGACCUGAUCACGAAUGCUAUGCCUUUGCUGACAGAAAACGUUGUGGUGCCGUACAAUAUUUGGCGUGAGGGCAACAAACACGUUGACCCUGAAGUUUUUGAAAACACUACCGGCUGUUUAAGAAACCUCAGCUGUGCCAGUGAUACAGAAAGGAUUUCUAUGAGGAGCUGCCCACGACUUAUCGACUCCCUCGUGACUUACAUUCAGACGCAGGUGGAACGAGGAGAGCUGGAUGACAAGUCUGUGGAAAACUGCGUCUGCAUUCUGCAUAACCUGAGCUACCAGCUGAUUCCGGAUCACUUCAAACAGGACACAAUCCCACAAGAGAACAGCAAAAAGAGCAUCUUUAGCCCCAAGGCCAAAGUCAAAAAGCCGUUAAGUUUCCCAGAAAUGGACAAGGACAACCCUGAAGGAGUAAACUGGUUGUUUCACACAAAGUCCCUGCAGCUCUAUCUCAUUCUUCUGGGCUCUAGUCAGAACGAAGCCACGCUAGAGGCCUGUUGCGGAGCUUUGCAGAACCUCACCGCUUCAAAGAGCAAUAUGUCCACUGUGAUGAGUCAAAACAUCAUCGAGAAGCUGCACGGCCUGUCUGUCAUCUCACCUCUGCUGAGGUCUGGAAAUCUGGGUCUACAGAAGACCGCCAUGUCCUUAGUGGGCAACAUGUCCCGGGUGUCAUCUCUACGGCGAACUAUGGCUGCUGAAGUCCUUCCUAUUGUGACCUCUUACCUCACGGGUGUGACAAUGAAAAUGAUCAAGUCUGACAGCAUCAUCUCUACAGCCUGCCGCGUGAUGAACACGCUCAUGCUAGCAGAGCCGGACACUAGCAAGAAGCUGCUGAAUGCUAAACUUGUUGAGUCUCUGAGCUUGGUGAGCACAAACACGUUAUUCGAGACAGCCUAUAAAGAUGCAGGAGUUCUUCUUUGGAGUUUGUGGGGACAAAAGGACAUUAAGAGUGUGUUGAAAGAGCAAGGGUUGGACAAGAACAUAUUUAUUAACCCCGCCACUGCUACAGCGUACCAAAGAGCAACAGACAAUCAGAAGAAUGGACACUGAGAGAUGUGCAAGUGAGCUGAAACCCCCCCCCCGUUUUAUUUGAAUUUACUUUGAUUCAGAUCACUAAUGUUGUUAAGACUGUUUUUUUAAUAGUCUUUGUUUCAAUUUUAGCGUAGGUCUUCAUGAAGACACAUGGCACAGCUGGAUUUACAAAUACUGCCCUUCCCUGCAUGUUUUGAAUAAUAUUAUGGGUAUAUAUGUACAUAUUAGAUUUAAAGGGGGAAAAACAGAUAAGUUGCUUUAAAGGGAUAGUUCACUCAAAACUGGGGUCACUCUUAGAUGAGUGAAAUCACAGCAUUGUAUAUUGCUUUGCAUAAAAUAACAUUUUUAACAGUACGUUAUUAAAUUUACAUAUCAAAUAAAAAAUGUUCUAUUAAGAAUUGCGAAUGCACUAAUUGAACACUGUUAAAAGCUGAUUUUUGAAGAUUAUAAAUGUAUUCUAUAUUUAUAAUCUUAUUCCAGAAUUGUGGGUGCCUUUUAACAUGUGCCAUUAAUUUUAUUUUUAUACAGGAUUGAUAUGUAAUCACGAUAACAGAGUUGACAUGUUCUUUUCAUUUUCAUCAUAUCAUUGUUUUAAAAAGUGAAUGAGAAAUUCCCUGAUAUAUUCAAUCAAUUCAAUUCAGCUUUAUUUGUAUAGCGCUUUUACAGUGUAGAUUGUGUCAAAGCAGCUUCACAUAAAUGGUCAUAGUAACUGGAACAG